CGCCGUGCGUCGUCGUGGUGCUGCUGUAGCUGUGCCGCUGUGCCAACGAGGUGAUUUGUCCCGGUGCUGUAGCAGCAUAUCCCCCACUGCACUCUCGGCCUCUUUCGUCUCGUUUAUCAGCUCGAGGGCAACAUGGGACGCAAGAAGGCCGCGGAGGCUGUCGUUGCUGCCACCGGCGUGAACUUCUGGACGCUGGAGGAGCCGACGCUGUGGUACGCCGUCGGUCUCUUGGCCCUGCAGGUGGUGGGACGAGAGGUCUUCAAACGCUACGGCCCGUUCAAGAGCGAUGCCGCGCUAUUCGUGCACCAGCUAUGCUCGAUGGUCUGCAUCGCUCACUGCGCGUUCUGGGGGGUGUACUACUGGUUCGGGGAGGCUAACACUAUCGAGGACCGUCUGUACGGCUCCUCUGUUGGCGCUCUGGUCAUCGGAAAGGUCAACCUGGCGUUUCAGUUUUACGACCUGGUGGCGACGGUGUUCAUCGGACGACUCUGCAAGGUGGAGAUGAUCGUGCACCACGCGCUCGCAACCGUCAUGUGCUACUUUCUCAUGCGGGACUGUUACGUCCACUACUACGCCAUCUUUUUCCUGGGGAUCUCGGAGGUGAGCUCGAUUCCCCUGGUCUUCGUGGACGUCUUCAAGUUCUUCCCCGACGUGGCGUCGAGUUUCGAAGGCGUGAAUAACCUGCUGCGAAUCUCUUUCGCGCUCAUCUUCAUGGUCGUGCGCGUCUUGUACUGGCCGAUCGUGGCCGCCCGUCACCUCUUCGACACCUUCGGCUCGGUGCAGGCAGGCACCGUGCACGACGUCGGGGUGGUCGGCUUCUUCACGGCUUGCAACCUCACGCUCACGUUCAUGCAGUGGUAUUGGGGGUACCUCAUUGUGCGGGCGGUGACCAAGAUGCUUUCGGGCGGGAAGAAGGAUUCCAAGCUCAAAAAGCAGUAGGAGCGUACGGGGGUGAAUGGACCCUUUCGAAACUCAAACACACCCUUGGAGUUUGAGUUGUGUGAAUGGCGUACGUCGAUGGGCUGGGUGGAGCGACGCAUUAGUGCGAUCUUUGUUGUCUUGCAUGACUGUUCUUGGUCGAAGGGCAUGUGCCCGGGACACGUUGUAUCGAGGCUGCGCGUAAAAGUAAACUUAUUCUACGCAAGAGGCCUUUCGGGCGGGGAGGCUGGCGACAACGAGCUUCAGCACGCGUCCGUCCUGUCAACGAGGUUGACCGCCAGAGGCAAAGCAAGGCGCAAGGGGUGCACGGGGGGGGGGGGUCAUGCCCGAGAAAUCGGUUGGUAAUCUGGACUAAACCAGCCCGAAGUUUGUGGCACUCUGUUGAGGCUGUAAAGCUUGGUUGUUUUGAGUUACCGUUGGAUUCCACUAGCUGGAUAGGUUUCUUCCGGCGCUCGACUGCGCUUUUCGUCUUUCUGGACUUAAUGCGUUGUCACUGUUGCCGUGCGAGUGUUGGCUUGCUAGGCUUACUUACGUGCCAAGGAGAUACGAAGGGUUGAAUCGGCGUCGAGAGAAGCAUUUGCCGGAGUCCACGUCUACAGCAGUGACCAUGCUGCCCGGCUGGUGUCUCGGAUUCAUGCGGUUUGUGCGGUGUUCGAUAUGGUGUGCUCAGGGAACGACGGUGGGUUGGUGAACGCCAACGUGGUUCUUGGAGCUAGACCCAACAACAUUCCCAGCAGAUCGACAUCAUUCCCUACACUUACCAAGGUAGGAAGUAGCACAAGGGCACACUACGAUGCAUCAGCUUGUUUAUUUAGAGCCCGUCGCUAAUGAUUACACCACGGCAGUGUCGCAAUAGAACCUGAAAUCGCCUCUUUUUUUUUUUUCGGUCGCGUAAGUGAUACGUAUCGUCCUUGUUGCGCAGCCUUCGCGGUGUGCAACAAACAUGUAAGGUGUUGGUGUCAUGAAAAGCCAACGGAUACAAAGAGGGUGGCUGAUAAAGUAAUUAAGCCGCUUUGUGGUAUGGUGUUCGAGGGGAGUACAUUGCAGUAGCGCGUGGGUCGUGGAGGAGGGGGGGGAGUCAGGGUCGCGUGUUUGUCGUCCGUGUACACGUUCAUUUACACGUGGAGGGAUUUGCUUGUUCCUUCUGGCGCCAAUAAUGAAUGGACCGCAAGUCUGCUUGUUGUGGGUAUCCCGAGCUCAGAACUCUUCAGUUAGAAAAAGCGAACAAGAACUGUACGGCUCGUAGAGACCGAGAGUCACGAUUGCGAAAAGACUCGGAAAAUGAUUGUAGGGCGAGACCUGCGUUUGCAACCACAGAAAUUUCCCCAC